CUACGCACCUGAGCCCUGCGAGGGUCUGGGGCCUCUGAAGAGCUGACAGCCCAGCUUCUUGUGGUCCAUGAAGGCCGUGAUGGCCUCCAACGGGAAGGUCUGCAGGCAGCGGCCGCAGCCAGGGCAAUGCAGACUCCACUGACCAUUCCUGUGCCUGUGCUUCGGCUGCCCCGGGGCCCUGAUGGCUCAAGCCGUGGCUUUGCCCCCGAUGGACGCAGGGCCCUCCUGAAGCCAGAGGUCCCUGAAAUCCAGGAGUCUCCCGUAGUUCAAGAGUCUCUGGAAUCCCAGGAACAGCGAGCCCGAGCCAUCCUUCGGGAGCGCUACCUCCGAAGCCUAUUGGCCAUGGCAGGUCGCCAGGUGAGCUUCACGUUGCAUGAGGGUGUGCAUGUGACUGCCCACUUUGGAGCCACCGACCUGGAUGUGGCCAACUUCUAUGUGUCACAGCUGCAGACUCCUAUAGGUGUGCAGGCUGAGGCGCUGCUCCGAUGUAGUGACAUUAUUGCAUACACUUUCAAGCCAUGAAGACUUUUCGGCGUUCACCUUUCUGCCUUAGCCACAGUAUCCCAGAUGUUCCUGAGCUGGGAACGCUGGACCCUGUAGAGUUCUGAGCCCCCUUGGAAUUUUGAGCCAAGCUCCAACCAACUCUGGCUUCUUGGGACCUCCAGAGCUUAGUCAUUAAAAUUCUGCAACUGAAGGAGUUCUAGAUCUUGUUGAAAGGAAUGCUCUACCUCACAGAACUCUGAACUCCACAGAAAUAUGGGCCUCAUGCCAGUUCCAGAAGACCAGGGGAAGAAAAGAAGGCAAAUUAUAGAGUGGGAAAUUGUUUAUUGAAGGCAUUGCAAAGUUCAGCCGUCGCGGAGAUACUCCCCACUGCUCCCCUCCUGCCAAAGAACCAGUUGU